GCAUGAUGACCUGAAAGAGAUGUUGGACACCAAUAAGGAUUCUCUCAAGCUGGAAGCCAUGAAGAGGAUUGUGGCAAUGAUCGCCCGGGGUAAGAACGCCUCAGACCUGUUCCCUGCUGUGGUGAAGAAUGUAGCCUGUAAGAACAUAGAGGUGAAGAAGCUUGUCUAUGUGUACCUGGUUCGAUAUGCUGAGGAGCAGCAAGACCUAGCCCUACUGUCCAUCUCUACCUUCCAACGUGGCUUAAAGGAUCCCAACCAGCUGAUCCGUGCCAGUGCCCUCCGUGUCCUUUCUAGCAUCCGCGUCCCCAUCAUAGUACCCAUCAUGAUGCUAGCCAUCAAGGAAGCUGCCUCGGAUAUGUCACCCUACGUUCGGAAAACAGCUGCUCAUGCCAUCCCCAAACUUUACAGUUUGGACUCUGAUCAGAAGGACCAGCUGAUAGAAGUCAUUGAGAAGCUUCUGGCAGACAAGACCACGCUGGUGGCUGGCAGUGUAGUGAUGGCCUUUGAGGAGGUCUGUCCAGAGCGUAUUGACCUGAUUCACAAAAACUACCGGAAGCUCUGUAACCUACUCAUUGACGUGGAAGAGUGGGGCCAGGUGGUGAUCAUCAGCAUGCUCACGCGCUAUGCGCGCACACAGUUCUUGAGCCCCACGCAGAACGAGUCCUUGCUGGAGGAGAACCCCGAGAAGGCGUUCUAUGGCUCCGAGGAGGAUGAAGCCAAAGGCCCUGGAUCGGAGGAGGCAGCCACUGCUGCGCUGCCUGCUCGGAAGCCCUAUGUAAUGGACCCGGAUCACCGGCUUCUGUUGCGCAACACCAAGCCCCUGCUGCAGAGCCGCAGCGCCGCGGUGGUCAUGGCAGUAGCCCAGCUUUACUUCCACCUUGCGCCCAAGGCGGAGGUGGGCGUCAUCGCCAAGGCGCUAGUACGCCUGCUGCGCAGCCACAGUGAGGUGCAGUACGUAGUGCUCCAGAAUGUGGCCACCAUGUCCAUCAAGCGCCGGGGCAUGUUUGAACCCUACCUGAAGAGCUUCUACAUUAGGUCUACGGAUCCCACCCAGAUCAAGAUCCUGAAGCUGGAAGUGCUGACCAACCUGGCCAAUGAGACCAACAUCCCCACAGUUCUACGGGAAUUUCAGACCUACAUUCGCAGCAUGGACAAAGACUUUGUUGCAGCCACGAUCCAGGCCAUUGGACGAUGUGCAACAAACAUAGGCCGAGUCCGUGAUACCUGCCUCAAUGGCUUGGUGCAGCUUCUGUCCAACCGUGAUGAGCUUGUGGUUGCAGAGUCAGUGGUGGUCAUUAAGAAGCUGCUGCAGAUGCAGCCAGCGCAGCAUGGAGAGAUCAUCAAACACUUGGCCAAGCUCACAGACAACAUCCAGGUGCCCAUGGCACGAGCCAGCAUUCUCUGGCUCAUUGGAGAGUACUGUGAGCAUGUGCCUAAGAUUGCACCUGAUGUCUUGAGAAAAAUGGCCAAGUCAUUCACAGCAGAGGAGGACAUCGUGAAGCUGCAGGUCAUCAACCUGGCGGCCAAGCUUUACCUGACCAACUCAAAGCAGACCAAGCUCCUGACCCAGUACGUGCUGAGUCUGGCCAAGUAUGACCAGAACUAUGAUAUCCGAGAUCGAGCCCGCUUCACCCGGCAGCUCAUCGUUCCUUCAGAGCAGGGUGGAGCCCUCAGCCGCCAUGCCAAGAAACUCUUCCUGGCUCCUAAGCCAGCCCCUAUCCUGGAGUCAUCCUUCAAAGAUCGUGACCAUUUCCAACUGGGCUCAUUGUCCCACCUGCUCAAUGCAAAGGCUACAGGCUACCAGGAGCUCCCAGACUGGCCAGAGGAAGCCCCAGACCCAUCCGUGCGCAAUGUGGAGGAAGAAGACCUCUCCCUUAUUGAGACCCACGUGGGCCUGUUGGGCGAAUAUACUGAGGUACCAGAAUGGACUAAGUGCUCAAAUCGGGAGAAGAGGAAGGAGAAAGAAAAGCCUUUCUACUCUGACUCCGAGGGGGAGUCUGGCCCCACCGAGUCUGCAGACAGUGAGCCUGAGUCUGAGAGUGAGUCUGAGAGUAAGAGCAGCAGUGAGAGUGGCUCUGGGGAGUCCAGCAGUGACUCAGACAAUGAAGAUGAGGAUGAAGAGAAAGGAGGAGGCAGUGAGAGUGAACAGAGUGAGGAGGAAGGUGGGAAAAAGAAGACGAAGAAGAAGGUGCCAGAGGGACACAGGGAGGGCUCGUCAUCAGAGGAGGGCAGUGACUCCAGCAGCAGCUCCUCAGAGUCUGAGGUGACAUCGGAGUCGGAGGAGGAGCAGGCUGAACCUGCCUCCCGGAGGAAGAAAACACCUCCCAGCAGCAAGAGUGCCCCUGUAGCCAAGGAGAUUUCCCUGCUUGACCUAGAGGACUUUACCCCUCCUAGUGUCCAACCUGUGUCUCCUCCCAUGGUUGUGUCUACCAGUCUGGCCGCUGACCUGGAGGGCCUGACACUCACAGACUCCUCUCUGGUGCCUUCGCUGCUGAGUCCAGUGUCCAGCAUUGGGAGGCAGGAGCUGCUGCACCGGGUAGCUGGAGAGGGGCUGGCUGUGGACUAUGCCUUCAGCCGCCAGCCUUUCUCUGGGGAUCCCCACAUGGUGUCCAUACACAUCUACUUCUCCAACAACUCUGAGACUCCCAUCAAGGGGCUGCAUGUGGGCACUCCCAAGCUGCCUGCUGGCAUCAGCAUCCAAGAAUUUCCUGAAAUUGAGUCCCUGCCACCUGGAGAAUCUACCACUGCUGUGAUGGGCAUUAACUUCUGUGACUCCACCCAGGCAGCCAACUUCCAGCUGUGCACCCAAACCCGACAGUUCUAUGUAUCCAUUCAGCCACCUGUUGGGGAGUUGAUGGCCCCUGUGUUCAUGAGUGAGAAUGAGUUCAAGAAGGAACAGGGAAAGCUGACAGGCAUGAAUGAGAUCACAGAGAAGCUCACACUGCCAGACACCUGUCGGAAUGACCACAUGGUGGUGCAGAAAGUGACCGCCACUGCCAACCUGGGUCGUGUUCCUUGUGGGACAUCUGAUGAGUACAGGUUUGCAGGGAGGACACUGACCAGUGGGAGCUUGGUCCUGCUGACUCUGGAUGCCCGGCCAGCUGGACCUGCUCAGCUGACUGUCAACAGUGAGAAGAUGGUGAUUGGCACCAUGCUGGUGAAGGACGUGAUACAGGCUCUGACCCAGUGACUCCUCAGCAUCGGGACCUCAUUGGUCUUCACC